AUGAUGUCCUCCAAUAUUCUCUCCCGACUCCUGCCCCCUACAGAUUCACCCUCGGUGUACGAAGCCAUUCGUGAACACGAUGCCACCUCCGAUUCCUCCGACAUUGAAGAGCGCGCGGGAAUGAUCCACGGGGAGCCUCUUCGGGAUGAGUUCAGCGAUGAAGAGCUGGAAGAGGCACUUGCAGAUGCAGCACACAGCGAGGUUUCCAGCCCACAUGCGGGCUUCCUGGGCCCCCAGUCAUUGGGGAAGGCGGACGACCGUCAGGGUUCCCCAUCCCAGGCUCGUCGCCGCAAAUCGUCCAGACCACGGUGGAUGGCGCAGGAAUCCUCGCUGGGCUACGAACUGGACGAUCGGGAUGAGGAUGUUCCUCUAUCGUUGCUGGUGGAGGGACCCGACGAUGAGGAUCUGAAGUCCCGUCUUCCUCCCCCACCCCAUAGAAUGCCCAGUCGCUCCCGAACCCCGAGCCCGCAACCAUCACCGCAACUUAGCCAGACUCGUUGGGAGGCGCGCCGGAAUGCAACCCAAUCCGAGACUGAGAAUGGCAAUCCGGUGGCACGGUGGUUCAUCGCGCGACAACAUCCGAGCUUACACAAUUCCGACCCCAAGAAGAGAGCAAUGUGGCGAUGGGCGAACGUGGAGGAUUUGGACAAUUUCUUGAAAGAUGUUUAUACCUACUUCCUCGGGAAUGGAAUUUGGUCCAUUUUGCUCACUCGAAUAUUGAAUCUUCUAACCUCUGCCUUCGUCGUGGGAUUCUCAACGUUUCUCACAAAUUGCGUUGACUACCACAAAGUCCGAGAUAGCAAGUCGCUUGACCAAAUCCUCAUUCCCCAAUGCACAUCCAAGAUGUCCGGGUGGUCGACGGUCUUUCUUUGGUUAUUCACGUUCUUUUGGAUUGGCAAGCUCUUCGAAUAUCUGCUGGAUAUUCGCAGGCUUAAGCAAUUACAUGACUUUUAUCACUACUUGCUAGGGGUUUCGGAUGCGGAGGUUCAGACGAUCUCGUGGCAAGAGGUGGUCAGCCGCCUGAUGGCCCUACGCGAUGCCAACCCAGUGACGGCGGACGCUGUCUCGGCAAAGCACCGCCGAUAUUUGGGCAGCCAGUCAAAGCAGCGGAUGGAUGCACACGAUAUCGCCAAUCGUUUAAUGCGCAAGGAAAACUACAUGAUCGCUCUGGUCAAUAAAGACAUCCUGGACCUGACUCUCCCAAUCCCCUUUCUGCGAAAUCGACAGUUAUUUUCUUGGGCACUGGAAUGGAAUCUCAACCUGUGCAUUAUGGACUACGUGUUCAACGAGCAAGGUCAGCUUCGCACUCUAUUCCUCAAGGAUACACAUCGGAGAGCCCUGAGUGAUGGUCUCCGUCGACGUUUUGUCUUUGCUGGUAUCAUGAAUAUUUUUGUGGCUCCCUUCAUUGUGGGAUAUUUCCUACUGCACUAUUUUUUCCGGUAUUUCAAUGAGUUCAAGAAGAACCCGGCCCAGAUCGGCUCCCGCCAAUACACUCCGCUGGCGGAGUGGAAGUUCCGGGAAUUCAAUGAACUGUGGCAUCUCUUUGACAAACGAGUCAAUAUGUCCUAUCCAUUUGCCAAUCGUUAUGUUGACCAAUUUCCUAAGGACAAGACGGUUCAAGUCGCUCGCUUUGUUGCUUUCAUCUCGGGUGCCUUGGCCUCUGUCCUUGCUCUGGCCUCGGUUAUCGACCCGGAAUUAUUUCUUGGUUUUGAGAUCACGCCUGACCGCACAGUUCUUUUUUAUCUCGGCGUCUUUGGUACUGUCUGGGCUUUCGCCCGAGGUCUCGCGCCCGAAGAAAUGGAAAUCUUCGAUCCGGAGUAUGCUCUCCUGGAGCUGAUUGAUUUCACCCAUUAUUUUCCUGCAAGCUGGAAAGGCCGCCUGCAUAGUGAUGAGGUCCGGAAAGAGUUCACCGUUCUUUACCAGAUGAAGAUUGUGAUCUUCUUGGAAGAGAUCCUGAGCAUGAUCUUUACGCCGUUCGUGCUCUGGUUCAGUCUGCCCAAGUGCAGUGACCGACUCAUCGACUUCUUCCGGGAGUUCACUGUCCAUGUCGAUGGCAUGGGCUAUCUCUGCUCGUUUGCGGUUUUCGACUUCAAGAAGGGAACCAAUGUCAUGUCUCAAGGCCGCCGGGAUACCGGCCGUCAUGACCUGCGGGCCGAUUACUUCUCCACCAAAGAUGGCAAGAUGCUUGCUUCCUACUAUGGUUUUCUAGACCACUACGGCACGAAUCACCCACCCGCAGGGCGACGACCUUUCCACCCGCCCCCGAACUUGCCCACGCUCGGUUCCCCAUCGGCGGCCGAGCUUGGCGCGCUCCCCGAACGACUGGAGCAAUCGCAUCGGCUCGGACCUGCCGGCGGGCCUUUCGGUCCGCAGUCUAACCUGGGCGCCUCUCGAUUCCGACCCAUGCCCCUGGGUGACCACCGUUCGCCCGUUCCCUCCAUUCUCCUCGAUCCGCAUCACCAGCCAUCUGCGUCUGGAUUCCGACCCAUCCCCCGAGGCUACGGUCUCUCGCAGCGUGCUCGUCUGGCACCGCCCCUGCAGGCUGCCAGCGACCCUCGCGAAGACGAGGAGCCACCAUCUGAAGCCGUCCGAGACUCUGGACCACGACACUCUCGAACAGGCACAUCGAGUGGCGGCGUCGGGACGGGCGAGAGCAGUCUUGGAGACUCUUGGCGGAUGAAUCCACUCGGACACGAUGCCGAGGAUUCCGACGGCCAUGAGGGAGAAAACAUCGAUGCGAUCGCUGGCGGGCCAGGCGUACUGGGUUUGAUCCAGCAGUUCCAGAAAGCCAACACUGAUGGCCGACGGACGACAAUCGGAAUCUAA